AUGAUAUCUGAUGAAAAUCUUAUAUUCGGAGAUAUAGGCAUAUCAAGUAAAAUUAUCCUUCUUCCAUUUACAAAAGUAUAUAUGGACAACAAUUCGGCAGGAGAAAAGACUUUUUAUUAUUUCGAAUUUAAAACUUCAGUUUCUUUUCCAAAAGAAUCUUAUUUAAAUAUUGUUUUUGAUCUAAAUGCAGGCUUUUCCUUUUCAGCUGUAUAAAAUAAAAUCACUUGUGAGGCAAUUUAAGUAGCUGGAUAUACUAUUAAUGCUUAGUUUAUUUGUGUAGUUUCCGGGUAAAACGUUGUUUAAGUUACUGGGUUUGGCGAUUAUGUAACUAGUGAAACUGAAAUCGGAUUAAAAAUGGAAAUUAUUAAUCCAAAAAAUUCACAAACUACGAAAGAGUUUACAAUUUCUGUACAUAGGUUUGGCACUUAGACUGUUUAUACUUGGAGAAAUAACAUUCCUGGUGUCUAUAUUAAACCAGGAAAUAUUAUUAAUGGUUCAGUUUAGUCACUUGUUGCUAAUGCAGUUAUUAGCAAAAUGAAAAUUAUGGAUUAUAUAUUUAAAUUUACUCCUUAAAACGUAAUAAAGGUAGGAUAAAGAAUUGUUAUUGAUUUACCUCCUAAUUUAGAGAUAAUUAAUAAUACUUCUUAUGAUUUUGUUUAUGCCGCAUAAGGAUUAUUAAAUGAGAAAGAUAAAACUGACAAUAGUUGGCCUAAUGGAUCAACACCAGUUAUUACAGUUUUUAAUUUACUUUAUCCUCCUUAUUAGUCUUCUACUUUAAAUGUAAUGGAAUGGUAUAAAUUGAGUCCUAUAGAUGCUGAAUAUGGAGUUUAUUUUAAUAGUAAUUUUUCAUCAGGAAAUGUAAAAGGUUUCAUAAUUACUUCACUUUCUGUAAAUAAGCCAGGAGCUAAAUAUGUCGGAGUUUACUAUGAUUUUACUUUAAGUACUUAAGAUAUAAUUCCUUAAAACGGAUGCAUAAAUAUAAUAUUUCCAACUUAAUAUAAUUUAUAAGGGAGUGUUCCUUAACCUAUUGUGGAGUAAAGAAAUAAUUAUUUUUAAAAUAAGAUAUAAGAAAUAAAAUAUGAAAUAUAAAAAAAUGUAAUAAAAAUAACCAUUCCUUAAGUUUAAAAUGCUAAUUCUGAAUUUUAUUUAAGAGUAUAAGGAGUCAAGAAUCCAUUAGUAGAAGGACAAUCGUCGGGAGAUUUCCGAAUAAUAACUUAUACUUAAUAAGGAAAUAAAAUAAAUGAAUCAAAUUUGUUCGGUUCUUUUAUCGUUAAAGAUGAGUUUUCUCCUUCCUAUAUUGUUUUCGAAGGAAUUUCUGCUUUUCCAAUAAAUGUGAAUUAAAUUGCUGAUUAUACUUUUAAGUUCUCUUUGUAGUAGUCAAUGUCCAAAGGGUCUAUUAUAUUUAUAAAUUUUCCUUCUAAAUAAUAUUUAUAGAUAUCUAAUUCUCCUAAAUGUAAAGUUUCUGGAGGUUUAAAAGGCUUCUAAUAAUGUCAAUUUGAAGGUUCUUACAUAAAAAUAACCACUUAUAAUGAUUAUGAAGCUUAACAAAACAUAAUAGUUUAGAUUUUCGAAAUUUUUAACCCUUCUCGAAUAGGUUAAUCCGAAGAAUUCAAUAUAUUUAUUUCUUAUGAUGGCUAAAAGAUAUUUAUAACUGACGAAAGCACAAAUAAAAACCGAUACUUGACAUUUUAUGAUUCUGGGAAAACUUUAGAUAUCCAAUAUAUAGAUUUUUAUCCUCGAAACGAGGCUGAAAAUGCAUUUUAUAUAUUCCGCUUCGUACCAACUAGUAUUUUGACAUCUGCUAAUUAAAUAAAUAUUGAAUUUCCAGAAGUAUAUGAUGAUUAUUUGUCAAGAAGAUUAGUUACUUGUGUUUCUACCAAAGGGUUAUAUAGUCAAAUAAAGUGUACUUUGGAAAAAAGGAAAAUCAUUAUUUCUGGAAUAACUAAUUAUAUUCCUUCUUAAUAGAAUCCUAUUGAAAUAUAAAUAAAUAAUAUAAUUAAUCCAAACAAAAUAAAUAACCAAAAUACAGGUAUUUUUCGAAUUUCAACAUCUUUAGUUGUUUAAAGUGACUAUUUUUUAGAUUAUAAUAAUAAUUCAGUAAUUUUAGAGACUUACUAUUCACCUGGGCUUGCUAUUUUUUAUAAUGUUACAUUAUCAAAUAACUUUUGUAGGCAAAAAGCUACCUAUAAUUUUUAAAUUUAGACUUUUAAAUAUAUCCCAAAAAGCGAUUCUAAAGGACUUAUCCUUGUUUAAUUUCCUUCAGAAUAUGACAUUCCGGAUAAAAUAGUAAAAUGUUUAAGUACUCAUCCAGCUUUUUCUAGUAUGAGUUGUUUUUCUAAAAAUAACUAUGUUUUUAUUUCAGGAAAUACAGAAGAUGUUAACGGAGAAAUUUUUUUUACACUUAUAGAUAUUGAAAAUCCGGACAAAGUUUCAUAGCCAGGAAAAAUUCUGGUUUUUACUUUUGAUGGAUUUAAUUAAAAUACUUUGGAAAAAAGUUAUCUAAAUCUCGAUCCUAUAGAUAAUACUUUUAUUUAUAAUGGACCCCUAAUUAAACUUAAUAAUGAGGAAAUUGUAGAAAUAAGUGGUGGAACUAUGAGUUCUUUCCUUAAAGUUUCUAUAGAUUACCCAUGUUUAUUUGACUUGACCAUUUAACCUACUUCUAAAGGUGAAUUUAAUAUUAUUCCAACUUAAAUAAUACUCAAGAAAGGAUAAAAGGAAGCUUUUUUUAGAAUUUCAGUUCCUGAAAAUACUAAUGUGGGUGAUUAUUAUAUAUAUUGGGAAACUGUAGGGGAUUUGUUAAUUCCUUAUUAUGCCCCUAUAAAGAAAUUGAUAGUUAGAGUAAUAAAUAAUAAAAUAAAUUUAGUAAAAAUAAGCAGCUUAAAUAAAAUUCCAUAUUAAGGAACAUCUUUAGAUAUAUUAUUUUCAUUAGAAAAUUCUCCACAUAAAGAUAUUUUGAUAAAAGCCGAUUUCGAAUCUGAAUAUAUUGGCGUUUUCUUAUCAACAAAUAAUAUUUUAUUUAAAGCAGGAGAUACUCAAAAAAUAUUAAGAAUUAAUUCUAUUUCUACUAACGAUGAAAACUAUACAGAAAGAGGAGUUGUUAUUUUAAAUUUGUAAGGUACAAACAGAUUAUCUUUUUCUUUACAAACGAUAUUUUUGGAUUUUUAGCUUGAAAAAUAAACUGAAAGCGCACCAAAAAUAAUUAGUUUGAAUGAAAUAACUAAUUUAAAAGGUUAAAUUAGUGUCUGUUUGGAAACUUAGUGUGAUAUGAUUUGUAUUAUUUUCUAUUCAGUAGGGUUAAAAGGGACUAAAGUUCCCCCAAUUUAAGAAAUUUUGGAAUAAGGACCGCCAACGGCACUUACUACGGAAUCUUUUUAUGGAAAAGUUAUACCUAAUUCAGGAGAUUCGAAAGCAUAAAUAAGUAUAACAGGCUUAACAGCUGGAAGUGCUUAUACAAUAUUCGUAUUAGCCCAAAAUAGAGGAUAUUUAAUCAGCGAAAUUAAAACUUUAGAUAUUUAAACAAAGCCUAAAUAUAGAACUGCUUCUUUUAUAGUUCGUUUUUUGAAAGAAUCAAUGAAUUAAAUAGAACUAAGAGUUGCUAGAAGAAUGAUCGCUUUUGUUUUAGCUGUUGAUGAAAAUUAGUAAAAAAAUUUCACAAAAAAAAAAAAUUAAAUUUAAAAAUAUAAAGGGUAAUUUCUUUAAAUUAAAAUACUUAAUUAAGCAGAAAUAGAUUAAACUUUUUUUUUGGUUCCUGAUGAUAAGAGUUCUAAUUUCGAUUCGCCUAAAGAUAUGAUUAAUAUGCUUAAUGGUAAAUUUAAAAGUGAAUUAUAAAAAAGAUUGUUGAAUUUUGAUGCUUCCUUUACUAUUUAAGUAAAUGAUAUUCCUAUUAAAAUUCCCUCAUUAAAAAAAAACCCUACUAUUUUGGAAAAAACAAGUAAAUAAGUUAUAAUUUAAGUAAGUGCAAAUGAAGACCUUUAUGUUUAUGGAAUUUUAACUAAUGCAAAUUAACCGGCACCAGAUUGUAAUUAAAUUUAUAAAAAAUUAAAUGCUUUUAAUAUUGAAGCAGUUAGUGCAAAUGAUUAUGUGCGAUAAAAUAGUUAGUAAAAACUUAUAUUUGAAAAUUUGGUACAGAAGACAUAAUACAAAGUAUAUCUAACUGUUGGGUCUGAUACUCCGGGAUAUCCUGAUUUAAAGAGUAAUUUGUAUGUUUUAGAUGUUGAAACAGAUGAAGAUUAAAGCAUAAUAGUUGAAACUAUAUAUUAAGAAAUAAUUUAAUUUUUUGUUUGCUUUUUAAUUUUUAUUUUAUUUUUAUGA